AUGGUUCACAUCACCGAGGAGCUGAUCCGCCGGCGAGCCGAGCACAACGACUGUGAGAUCUCCUCCCUGGAGGAGGUUUCUCUGCAUCAGCAGGACGUGGAGAAGAUCGAGCACAUCGACAGGUGGUGUCGCGACCUGAGGAUCCUCUACCUGCACAACAACCUCAUCCCCAAACUCGAGAAUCUUGGUCGCCUGAAGAAGCUGGAAUAUUUAAAUCUGGCCUUGAACAACAUCGAAGUCAUCGAAAACCUCCAGGGCUGCGAGAGCCUCCAGAAGCUGGACCUGACGGUGAACUUCGUGGGUCUCCUGAGCAGCGUGGAGUCCCUGCAGCACAACGUGCACCUGAGGGAGCUGUUCCUGGUGGGGAACCCGUGCACGGAGUUCCAGGGCUACAGGCAGUUCGUCGUGGCGGCGCUGCCUCAGAUCCACCGGCUGGACGGGACCGAGAUCAGCCGGUCAGAGCGGAUCAGAGCCGCUCAGGGCCUGGAGGAGGUGAGGAGACGAGUCGGGGAGCAGGAGAGGGAGUACCUGAGGAGGAGAGCAGAGGAGAAAGAGGAGGCGCAGAGAAAAUCUGCUGAAGAGGAGAAGAAGAAAGCGCGCUCCGAUGGGCGACGGUCCACUGACGUCAACACAACGUGAGUUCAGACGCCACAGUCACAGGAGAACCCAGAGGUGGACCAGGAGAACCCAGAGGUGGACCAGGAGGACCAGGAGAACCCAGAGGUGGAUGAGGAGGACCAGGAGCGAGAGUUCUGGCACACACCGUGUUCUUUCACCCCCGAGUCUCGUCUGCAGGCUCACCGCCACCUCGAGGAGAAGAGGAAGAUGAAGGAGAAGCACGAAGAGAAGAAGCCAAAACCACAGAGGACUCUGAUCACAGCCGAAGGACGAGUGAUGAACGUCAACGAGCCCAAGUUGGAGUUUUCAUUGACUGAAGAAGAAGAAACCAACUCGAUUGUUUUAGACCUGGCUGUUUACAGACACAUGGACACCUCCCUGAUAGACGUCGACAUUCAGCCUACAUUCGCCAGAGUCGUCGUCAAAGGCAAGGUAUUUCAGGUGGUUCUGCCCGCUGAAGUGAGGCCCGACAGUUCCACGGCUCAGAGGUCCCAAACCACCGGACACCUGGUCCUGACCAUGCCCCGGGCCGAAGGUGAAAUCAAAGCGACAGGAACCGCCCGGCGUCCGGGCAGAACGGGUCGGGACAAAUGCAGCAGCUCGGCAGAGGAGAACCACCUGAUGAGAGAGAACAAAGUUCCUGAGAGGCUGGAGGUCGACCCCAGCACACGCACGUCUCUGGACGUCUCCACCAUCGUCCCACAGCGUCAAGGUCUGCUGGACCUGCCCAGAACCGGUCCAGCUGCUGGCCCAGGAGAGCUCGGUGAGGAGUUCGAGGGCGACGCCGACGUCCCGCCGCUCGUCUAA